UCUUAUUGUUACAGGAAAUUUAUGGAAGAAGCUACAGAACAAUUGAAAAUGGCAGCAGGAAAUUUCUAUAUCAACGAUAAAUCAACAGGUUCAGUAGUUGGUCAACAACCUUUUGGAGGUGGCAGAUUAUCUGGAACAAAUGACAAAGCAGGUGGACCUCAUUACUUAAUUCGAUGGACGUCGCCCCAAGUGAUAAAACAAACAUUCAUUCCCGUAAACGACUGGAAAUAUCCACAAAUGUCUAAGUAAAGCACAGUAACGUACAAAUAUUGUUUCUGUUUAGACAAAAAUGAGAUUUGUAUCGACAGUUUUAUAAGAUAGUAUAACAAAUAAUUGUCGAGUAACAAUUGCAUAGUUCAUUUUUUUU